AUGCGAGAUUUUAAAAAGCUGGGCAUAGUGUGUUCUCCAGGCACAUUCCGUAGAGUCCAAAAUGCCACAACUACAGCAAGUACAGUAACAAUAACAACCGCGGUUUCAAAUGCGGUGGGUGCAACAGCAACACGCACAACAGAGGCACUGGAGACGCCAAGAGAGAGCAGCGUGCGGGAAGGCCCAAGAAGUUCUGGGCGGAAAGGCAGUUUCCUAGACCAGCUAACCGCCGAGGAGGCAGCGCUGUUCAUCGAACAUGUAAGGGACGAUGACCAACCAGGAACCAGUGCAGAUGCGCUACGUUGCAUGGGCCAGAGCAAAACAGGUAGUUUUAAUAACAGACAUUUGACAGGAAAUCACAAUUUACCUGCCGAACUAGAUCGGCCGCAACACCGGUCCGGCAGUUCUCUUUGCAGGUACAGAGAGACAGCAAGGUCAGACAGAAGCCACCGCACCGAUGGUAGUCACCGCUCCAAGAACCGGUAUCGCUCGGGUAGUCGGCGUCCCUCUACGAGUCGACACUGCUCAAAAAGCCGGCAGCGCUCCAAGAGCCGACGCCGCUCCGAAAGCGGUCACCGGGCGGAGAAGGAGAGACUCCAUAGGUCGCACAGCAGUAGCGCCUCAGCAACGUUCGACGACUCCGAGUGGCAGAAGCAGAGUAGUAGGAAACACCGCAGGGCAAGCCCUCAGUUGAAGCCAGAGCUAUGGCAGAGGAAUGAGGGACGUGAGAGACACAGAAAAGGCGACAAAGCCGCACCCGCCGAUAGGUGGAAGAGCGGGCCCAACAAACAGGCACACUUACCCGCACCUGCUGAAAAGCAGAAGAGCGGGCCACAGCGACAACAGCAGCACCGACCCGCACCCGCUGAAAAGCGGAGAAGCGAUGAACCACCAGGCUCCAACAAAAGAGGUAGCAACCAGGUCACUCCGCCAGAGACACCGGGCACCAAACGGCAGCGGGAGCAGCCACCCCCUCCGAACUCAUGGUCUAGGAGCCUGGCCGGGGCGAUCGAGCAAGGACAGGCAUAG